ACCACCGGAGCUUCUUAUCUUUUCGAUCAACCACCGGAGAUUCUCUUCUUCCUCGAGCCUCCACCGGAGCUUCUCUGCUUCAUCAAGCCACCACCAGAGCUUCUCUUCUUCAUCGAUCUCCCACGGCAUGCCGUAGCUUCUCUUCUUUAUCGGGCCACCACCUUCUCCUCGUCACCGACCAAAAGAACCUCCUGAAGCAAAAAUAAACUGAAGGUUAAAAAAAAAUAUGAGAGGUAAAAAAAAACAAACUGAGAGGAAAUCUGUUGAGAGGCUUGUCGCAGUGAUUGACACAGACUCUUCGAGAGAAUUUUCUAUUGAAAAGGGGCAAGGUCCAUGUCUCAAAGAUAUUCCCAGCGUUGCUUACAAGGUAACGAGGAAGACGUCUGAUGAAAAUUUAAAGUUACUGCACACAAUUCUAUUUGCUAGGAGAGGGAAGGCUGCUCAGAUCAAGACAAACAUAUUGGGCUUCUCAGGCUUUGUUUGGCAUGGAAAUGAGGAAAAGGCAGAAGAGAAAAUAAAAGAGAAGCUUGACAAAUGUAACAAAGAAAAACUGUGGGAGUUUUGUGAUCUGUUUGACAUACAUAUUACCAAGGCUACAACAAAGAAGGUCAGUAUGCACAUGAAAGAGAUUUUGCUAUUAUCAAGUCAGCAAGAAGACUAAGCUAUAUGUAGUUACAGCCUAGUCAACUAAUCUAUAUAUGCAUAUAACAAUGAUGCAUAUCAGCUGAAAGACUAAUCUCCAUAGCUACACGUACACGUAUUGUUUCUUCUCGGUAUUGUGCUUGAUAAUAAAAUUGUGCUUGAUAAUUAAAUUGUGCUAGACACGUAUACGUACACGCAUUGUGCUUGAUAAUUAAAUUGCCAAAUACUUGUGUUGUGUCUUCAUGGUAUUCCUAUAAGAUUAGAAAUAGACUUUGCUAUGAUCAAGUCAAUUCUUGUUUGGUGUUUGUUCCUCAGAAACUCAUUCUUGUUUAUGUUUGUUCGUGCAAGAGGAAGUAGACAGUGUAAUAUCCGAUAUCCCGCGGGACGGUCCGCGAAGGCCUGCAAAGAAUGCGAUACGGGAUUGGACAGCUAUUUUCAGGACCGCAUCCGCGCGGGAUAGGCCCGCCGUGUC